AUGACGACCUUCAUGCGCCCGAAGACCCCAUUCCAGGCCCGAUCCCCAAUUACAGCUUUCUCCGCAGCGCGCACUCAAACACCUCGCACCUCCCUAUACCAAGGCUAUGCGACCAAACCCUCAAGUAACCCAGAGCAAGCCACAACUACAACCCGCCAGACAGGCUCGCCCACCUGCCCAAUCCCCUCCAAUAAAGCAAAACCCACCCUCAGCGAGGGUGAGCAGUCGCCUCUUGUAGACCGAGAGGGAAAGAAAAAGGACGUUCCCCAGGAUGUGAAGAAGCACAAUAAGGAUAUCGGGGAGCGGUAUCCCAAGCCGUAUAACUAUACUGGCGAUGAUGGCACAGUUAAACCUGCUUUCAAGACCUAG